AUGACAGGGCUACAUCUUGCGGCCUACUUUGGUCUAAGUGGCAUUGUGAGGAUCUUGUUAGACCAAAGACAUCCGUCGAAUCUCAGAGAUGAUUAUGGGGAUACACCACUCUCAUUGGCGGCAAAACAUGGACAUGCGUCAGUGGUAUAUGCGCUGCUGGAGAGAGGCGCCGCAAUCAACAGAGGUAGUGAAGAUCAUGGGCCACCUAUUUCACAAGCGGCAGAAAGAGGGCAUUUAUCAGUGGUGAAGGCUCUCAUCGAACACGGAGCUAGUCUCGAACUCAGGGAUGGCACAGGCCAAACGCCUCUUUCUAUAGCGGCAGAGCAGGGACACAGGGAAAUUGUCAAAGCCCUCUUAAAGGCUCGGGCCACAGUUGAUUCCCCUAAUAUUGAGGGUAAAACACCGCUUGCACUGGCUUCAGCAAAGGGGCACUUAGAGGUGGUAGACAUCUUGUUCAGGAAAGGUGCAGCAAUCAAUUCAAAAAGUCUGUCAGGUGCGUCGCCAUUCUGGCAAGUAGUAUUUUACGAUCACAGAAAGGUCGCCAGAUAUCUUCUUGAAAGAGGGGCUAUAUUCGAUUCAGAAGACAAAGAGGACAAAGAACUUCUAUCGAUGGCCGCCUCCCAUGGAGAUGCAGCACUUGUGGACUUGCUGCUCGAUCUAGGUGCACCAAUCGACUGGAGUGAUCGAUAUGACUUUAUACCACUCCUGGUGGCAACAUGGGAAGGGCAUGAGACAGCGGUGAAGAUCCUUUUGAAAAGAGGUGCAAAUAUUCCUUCAAAAGACUCGCAAGGUCAUACAGCACUAUUUCAAGCAGCGAUGCAUGGGCGUGAGUCCUUAAUCAAACUCCUGCUCGAUAGCGGGGCGGUAGUCGAUUCGCAAGACAACAAAAGGAUGACACCUCUGGCAUGGGCAACGGUGAAUAAGUACUUGGCAAAUGUGAUAGUCCUUCUUGAGAGGGGUGCAGAUCCCAAUUUGAAAACUCAUUAUGGGAAAACACCCUUGGACUGGGCCAGGGAGUGGGGACAUGAGGAUAUAGCGCAAGCCUUGUUGAAGAAAGGCGCAACUCUUCCAUGA